AUGGAAAAGGUCUCUUAUGACAAUGUAAUAAGGUCAGUCAUGUAUGCCAUGAUUAGCACCAGGACUGACCUCUCCUUUGCCAUGUCUUUGCUGAGUUGUUUUAUGUCCAAUCCUGGGUCAAAACACUGGUUUGCUCUUAAAUGGGUCCUAAGGUAUAUUAAUGGUACUUCACAUGUUGGUUUGGAAUACUGUAAAAGAUAUAAUUCACUUGAUCUUAUGAGCUUUGUAGACUCUGACUUUGCAGGUGAUAAAGACACAAGGAAGUCAACCACCUCUUAUUUCUUCACGUUAAGAGGGAAUUGUGUGAGCUGGAAAUCCCAGCUUCAGCCUAUUGUGACACUCUCCUCAACUGAGGCAGAGUAUGUGGCCAUUGCUAAUGUGUUCAAGGAAGCACUAUGGCUUCAAGGAAUUUUGUCCGAAGUAGAUUUGAUUGAUGGAGUAGCCACCAUUUAUUCAGACAGCCAAAGCGCCAUUCACCUAAGCAAGAAUCCUGUCUAUCAUGAUAGGACCAAACAUAUGGAUGUAAUAUUUCAUUUUGUCAGAGAUCUAAUUGCCCAAUGA